AUGGAUACUCUUUUAAAUGAUAUGGCAGCAUCAAUGAAGAAGAAAUAUGAUAAAUAUUGGGGUGAAAUUCAUAAAGUGAACCCAUUCUUGAUGAUAGGAGUUGUGAUUGACCCCCGAUUCAAGCUUCGCAAUUUGAAGCACAUCUUUGAAGAAAUAUUUGAAAAUGAUCCUACUUGUGAAAGAUUGGUGGCUCAAAAGACAAAUGAAGUGAAACAACUUCUUAUGAAUAUGUAUGAAGUGUAUAAGCCUAGUAGUAACAAUAUGGGUGCUACUAGUACUACCAAUGAAAGUGGUGGUAGUACUAACAAUGAAACCGACUCUUCUUUGGUUUUUGGAGGUCGGAAGCGAAAAACCAUGAUGGAAAGGUGGAAAAAAAUUCAACAAGAGAGUGAGAAUGUGGUUAUAACACAUGAAGUGGAUAGGUACUUGUUGGAUCCACUUGAAUCCAUUGAUGAGGAGUUUGAUAUACUAGGGUGGUGGAGAAUAAAUGGGCUCAAGUAUCCUACUUUGGCAUCAAUUGCAAAGGAUGUGCUUGCAAUCCCUACUUCCACAAUAGCUUCGGAGUCUUGUUUUAGCACAAGUGGGAGAGUGAUUGACCCGUUUCGAAGCUCAUUGUCUCCUAGGAUGGUUGAGGCUUUGAUUUGCUCUCAAAAUUGGAUAAGGUCCGAAGAUAUAUCUUCAUUGCAAUAUGUGCCAAGCAUUGAGGAGAUGGAGUUCUAUGAAUCAAUUGAAAUGGGUUACUUUGUUAAGGCUUUUGGAAGAAUGGAUGCAGCAGAUUUUUUGCAAGGAUAUUAUCUUCAUAUGUUUUGA